UGGUUGGCAACCCCAGCAGCCUGCCCUGUGAACCGCUGACAUGGAUGACAUCUACAAGGCUGCGGUAGAGCAGCUGACAGAAGAGCAAAAAAAUGAAUUCAAAGCGGCCUUCGAUAUCUUUGUGCUGGGUGCUGAGGAUGGCUGCAUCAGUACCAAGGAGCUUGGUAAGGUGAUGAGGAUGCUGGGCCAGAACCCCACACCGGAGGAGCUGCAGGAGAUGAUCGACGAGGUGGAUGAGGAUGGCAGCGGCACGGUGGACUUCGAUGAGUUUCUGGUCAUGAUGGUUCGGUGCAUGAAGGAUGACAGCAAAGGGAAGUCCGAGGAGGAGCUGUCCGACCUCUUUCGCAUGUUUGACAAGAAUGCUGAUGGCUACAUCGACCUGGAGGAGCUGAAGAUGAUGCUGCAGGCGACGGGAGAGACCAUCACGGAGGAUGACAUCGAAGAGCUUAUGAAGGAUGGUGACAAAAAUAAUGAUGGCCGGAUUGACUAUGAUGAGUUCCUGGAGUUCAUGAAGGGUGUGGAGUAGAAACUGACCUUCUCUCAGGGCAGCCAAGCCCCAGCUUCCAUUCCAGCCAGGCCCAGGGUGGGCGCACAGGGCUGGGGUCCCCAGGCCCUGAGCAUGGAUGUAUCCUUAAUCCCUGAUCCUCCUUGACUCCUUCCCUCACUCCUGUCCUGGGAAGUAUAAAUAAAGCCUUGUUCCGGGAGACCUGGCA